AGCGGAAGUAGCAGUAUUGUUUUUGUAGCGGAACACAGUGGACACUUGAUAGUAGCCUAUGUUUGGAAGGUGAAUGUUGUAAAGCCAGAUUAAAGUGUAGAUCAGUUUUGUAUCCACUCAGACUCCUAGCUAACAUUAGCUAGCGUUAGCUUCGUGAAGCAUUCAGCCUGGGCUGGUUGUUGUUUGGUUAGCUUGGUUUGUGUAGGCACCGUGAGUGGACAUGAAGCCGCCUCCUCGCACGCGAACUAAACCAGAACGCGACCUGAAACCUGAGCUGUUACCGCAGCGUUCAGGUAAACUGGCCUGUAAAUGGCAGCGAGCGGAGCAGAGAAGGCUCCUGAAUGCCCUGAAAAGACUAAGCAGUACCGCCGGGAUUCUGAGUGACAUCGACUACGAUGUGCUGAGAACAUCCGUCCGUACUCGCUCCAUUACAGAGAUCCACUCUGUGGUGGAAUCUCUGAAGAACAAAGUGAUCUCAUGUGCCAGCUUCAACUUGAAGAAGAAGAGGUGGGAGGAGAAGAAGGUCAGAAAGCCCAUUGAGUUGUGGACACACAUGGCUUCUGCUGUGGCUGGAACACUUGAAGAACCCAUUUCCACUGCUUUCUCUCAGAUGUUGAUAGUGUCGUCUACAGAGCCUCGCACCCUCAGGAACUGUGACCCUCCCCAGGUCCAUAGACCACCCACACAGGAAGACAGGCCUGCUGAUCGCACUGUCCCUUUGAGACCAAUGCCUCGUUUACCAGCCAAAGGUUUGUGUCCUGCCACCAACACAGCCCGUCAACACCUGGUACUCAAGACUCCAGCACCAACCAUUGGCCCAGCCAGAAGACUCCCAGCACCAUCCCAAGUGGUCAGAGUGACCAAUAGCAAAACCCCUUCACUCCACCAACAGCUUUCUGCUGCAGCUGGAAGCUCACCUGCUGCUACCUCUCAGUCUGCUGCUCCCUCCUGCCAGCGUCCUCCUCCAUCCCUGCUGCGGCCUGCUGCACAGACCACAGACCAAGCAGCUGCUGCUGUCACAGCCAGUUGUAGCUCUGCAGCAGCGGUCAAGUCUCUGAGCGAUGGCAGCUCUGUAAGCCAGACUAACCAGCAAAUCUCAGAGAAAAAUCCCACCACCAGUCCAUCCAGUCCUCACAUGCCCCUCUCCUCCUUGGCCCCGACUACUACUCCAUCCUCUGCCACCUCCACCAGUUCAGCCACCUCCAACUGCUCCUCCACCUGCCCCAAGCCCACAACACUCUCCGCUCCUGCCGCAGCAGUUCAUGCCAGGUUUGGUCGCACCAGCAAAUACGCCACAAAGGACAGUCCCAGGACAUUUGGCGUAGGGUGUGUAGUGGACUUCGAGAGGAUCUAUCGCUACCUGAGUGUCAUCCACAAGCCGAAUGACGAGUGUCAUCUCACCCCCAUGGAGAGUGCCAUAGUGUUGGAUCUAUUGAUGUCUCUCCCAGAAGAGCUCCCCUUGCUAGACUGCAACAAACUGCACAACCACCUGAUCCAGGUGUACCAAUGUCUUUCUGCUUCUGCGGAUUCCCCAGUAGCAAGAGAAAUGUUUAAAGUCUUAAAGACACAGAAACAAGGAACUGAUGAGCCUCACACAGCAGGGUCACAGGACAGACUCUCUGAUCAGACGGAGACACCAAGUGUGCGAGGCAGCAACCCAAAGCCAAAGCAUGACAGCAGCAGAACCAACAGUCAGCUGGACACUGCUGACAGCAGCGAUGUCACAGACAGUGAAUGGAGGAAAAUGCAGCCAGAUGAAGCUGAGAGCCAAUCACAAGAAAGCAAAAACACAUCCAGCCGAACAGGGGACACAGAUGUGAUGGGACUCCCCCCACUUAACCCUUUCAUGGUGCCACUGAAACUGUUGAUGCAGAGAUAGAUUGAGUUUAAAAUUAAAAAAACACACGUACAAUGGUUUGUGUAUAUUCUUUAGUUAUGUCUCUGUUCUGUAAUAAAAUGUUUAAUUUAAUAUAGAUUCUAGAGUUGAGUCACAAAGGUCAUUGUUUGUCUUAGAGGUUAGGAGAGCACCGCUGCAUUUUAAUUACCCACCAGAAUCUGUCCCUAGUAACAUGUCAAGUAUUGAAAGUUGAUAUCAAAUGUUUGGUCAGGUUCAUAGGCACGUCUAUGUAUUUUUUAUCAGAAAGUUCCUUACUUAAAUCAAAAUGUUUUAAAUAAAAAUAUCUAAAUCUAAAUCAAAUUUAGACUAUUUUUUCUUGGGUUCUCUGCUUCUGUUAAGACAAUAUUAACAUAGCAUUGAGAAUAUUGGCAUUGAGAAGUCUGGCUUAUUUUCUUAGUGAAGUAAUUGCUUGUCUAUUAAGUAUCAGAAAAAAAUGCCCAUUGAAAUUUCAGGAGAGACAGAGAGACCUAGAAAACCAGCAAAUAUUCACACUUAAAAGCUACAACCAGUGAUUCUUUUUGGCAUUUUUGUUUAAAAAAUUACCAGAACGAUCAAAAUAGUUGCAGAUCA